AAGAUAUAAUAUUUCAGUUACCUUUUAAAGUUCUAUAUUUAGUCAAACAUAUUACACUUCAGAGUAAGAGGAAAAUUAAUAAGAUGAUUGAAUAAAAUGUUGAUAUUUAAUACAUGCAUGUAACAUAAGGUUUGGUAUCAAACGGAUCAUCAACAAAGAAACGGAAGCUGUUAAUGGAGAUGAUUCUGAUUUCUUUUCAAUUUUCUAGACGUGUUGUGUGAAAUAGUAUAUCAGCCUGUGAAAAUAAAUACAGAAUUAGGUAGAUCUACAUUGUAUCAUUCAAAUGAAGGUAGAGAUGAGAAAUUAAGGAAAUUGACUUAUGAAAUGAAGGCAUUUUAUAUAUGUUACAUAGAUUCAGGCAAAUACAGUUACGCUUUUCGUGACACUGGAAGAUAAAGAACAUUUACAAUGUUUGAUGUGGAAGAAUCGCCGAUCCCAGACAGAAAACGCGAACAAGUACCAUGUAUGCUUUAUCCACCAACGGUGCUCAACGAGUUCAUAAAAUGUGUCGCCAUUGGCGACAGCGGUGUCGGGAAGACUUGUCUGAUCACGGCAUGGGCGUGUAAUACACAUUAUAACCUGGAACAGCUGGUGAAGACACAUGUCUCCACAGUAUGGGCUCAUGACCACUACAGAAAAGACCCCGAGAUACUGGAGCAGUCUGUGGUUUCGGUAGAUGGAGGAUAUGUAGCUCUUAGAUUAUGGGAUACAUUUGGUUACCAUGACAAAGACAGAGGAUUUGCUUACAAAGGGGCUGAUGUCAUCUUGUUAUGCUACAGUGUGGCUAUGCCAAGGUCACUUAACAAUAUACGCAAAAUUUGGAUACCAGAGAUCCGAAGACGUGCACCUACCACACCUGUUGUUUUAGUUGGGUGCCAGACUGACCUACGGUACCUAUACAGGGAUGAACAUUAUCAGAAGAUACAUAAAGGAUUAAUGUACAAAGUUGUUCAGGAAAAAGACAUUAUUACACCAGAACAGGGAAGGUCUGUUGCAAAAGAAAUAGGAGCGCCCUAUUAUGAAUGUAGUGUAUAUACUAAGUAUGGUAUAGAAGAUGUCUUCCUAAAUGUGAUUCGUGCUGCCAUGGUCGAAAAACGAAAGAUACGUUUCUGGAGUGCCUUUUUGAGACGUAUUCAGUACCCACAGAUUCAAGCACCAAUGAAAUUACCACCGCUGUUGUUGCCAAAAAUUGAAAUUCCUGAAGAGACUUUACAUGAUGAUUUAUGUGACCUACUUCAUAACCAGUCUGAGGGAGAUGUCGUAUUUCUGGUACGUGGACAGUGCUUCAGAGCACAUAAAAUAUGCCUAGCUGUUAGUGACAUCAUAUUUGAAAAGCUAUUUUUAGGCAGUGAUGCAUUAGUAACAGAAAACGCGAAUAAAGUGUUAAAACGUUCUUUAUCCUCCCAUGGGAAUUCAAACAUUAAUACACAGUCUGGUAGUGAAACGAAGUUUCGUAGAAGCUCUGAUACAGUCGGCCCUGAUAUCCUAAACAUUAGGCCAGACUAUUCAAUUUUAGUGCAUUCCGCAUUUUUAACUGUUGAGGAAAGAAAAGCUUGUGACAAUCCAUACAAACCAGGGGAGGUCACUUACCAAACAGUCGUAACUGUUAGAAAUGAGAUUACACCGCGGGCAUUUCAAUUUAUUUUGGAGUACCUAUAUACAGGGUCAGUACGAGAAGAUUAUGAUGCAUUUGAAGAGGUGUUGGUUGCAUGUGGAAUAUUGCACUUGACUGACCUGGCAUUGAUGAUUUCGAACUUGCGAGGAGGUGAAGAGUAUUUAAAUAUGGAGUUAGAAAAGCAGUUUAAAGAAUACAGGAAAAGCAAGUUACGUGAAAUCGCAUUGAAAAAAGAGAGACUGACAGAUGUUCGUUUCCUUGUGGACGAUGGUGCUAUUCGAGCACACAAGCCGUUAUUGAUGGGCAGGUGUGAGAUGAUGUAUGCAAUGUUCAACGACAAUUUUAAGGAGUCUUCAGCUGAUUCUAUUGUGUUGCCUGGCAUUUCCCGCGAUGUGUUCCUUGCUAUACGAGAAUUUCUCUAUACCGGUGAGUGUACCAGUGGAGCGACACUGAACUGCCUCGGCAUUAUUGAAGCUGCCAACCGAUUCUGUCUACCGAGACUGGUGCGCUUGGUAGAGGCAAGGGUGUGCCAGGAUCUCACAGACGCAGACAAGGAGGGAGAAGAUAUCAUUGAGGAUGUUCUUAAAUUGUUGGAACCCGCGCAGUUACACAAUGCAGAGCUGCUGAGUGACUGGUGUGUGAAGUAUCUAAGCAACCAUUUCCUGGUGAUCAGACAGAAGUAUCUGAAGCUGUUCCAUAAACUCUGUGCUGACAACAUCAAGUUCAUUGAAAGGAACAAAUGGCCACCAGAAUGGUACAUGAAGGAGCUAGCCUACUUCGACCAUGUUCAGGCCCAGUCACUGAAGUCUAAGAAAUCAAAGAGAAACUUCCAGCAGAAGCAACAGUUCUCAAGAGUGGACCAGUGUACAAAUGCUGCAAGCUGCCUGUGUUUCUGUCGCCGCAGCAAGAUUGUUGUCGAGGAGAGAGAUUCUGAGUCACCGUUCGACUCUGUUGAACCAUAGAACUGUGUCUCCUGUGUGAUAGGACAGUCGUCUUUGUGUGAUUAUGUCUCCCCCAUAGGUGGGAAGACAUAUUGCUUUUGCCUUCGCCAUCUGUUUGUCUGUCAUUCUGUCUGUCUGUCAUAAGCUUGUCCAGCUUUCACAGGUCAAACUGCUGGCCGGAUUUCGACGAAACUUCACAGGAGUGAUCAGUACCAAGCCUAGUUAUGCAUGUCACCGACACAUUCCGCUUCGCUGCAUAAAACUGCAGCAAGAGCUAAAAAUAGAAAAAUCUUGUCCAGCUUUCACAGUUCAAACUGCUGGCCGGAUUUCGAAGAAACUUUACAGGAAUGAUCAGUAUCAAGCCUAGUUGUGCAUAUUGCCAACACAUUCUGCUUCGCUGCACAAAAUGGCCACCAGAGCUAAAAAUAAAAAAAUCUUGUCCAGCUUUCACAGCUGGAUUUCGACAAAACUUCACAGGAGUGAUCAGUACCAAACCUAGUUGUGCAUAUCGCCGACACGUUCUGCUUCGCUGCACAAAAUGGCCACCAGAGCUAAAGUUAUGCAUAGGGGGGAGACAUAUGUUUUUGUGACAAAAACACCUUCUAGGUUUAUUUACAUCUUUAAUUCUGUAGUAAAACACAAUCACUUGAUUUAGUUUAGACUGUUACCACAUCUUUUCUGAUCAGUCUCAUUUUUACGUAAAAUACUUAUCAGGGAAACGUUGUUAUAUCUCAAAAUAUUAUGCCAAAAUUAAAUCAUUCAAAUUUCUAGGCUGCUGAAAGUAUUUUAACAUGCUAUUCCAGCAAUGUAACUUAAAGCCAUAUAUUUAGAAAAAUGUAAUGGAGCAGUCCAUUUUGUAUAUGUCUUUUAAUUUUGUGGUAGGUCUCACUUCACUAAAUAUUUUUAUCAUUAUUUUGCCUGAAAGGAAAUUUUGAGUCUUUCUUUCACUUGACCUUUAAUUAAGGGAAUCUAUGGUCUAUCUGGUAAGGUGUCCACUGCUUAACCCAAGGGUCAUGGGUUCAAGCCCCUCUGGGGUCAGUACCUGUCUUCUCGUGUGACGCCAGUACUGGUUUUCUAGAAAGUGGACAGGAAAGUAGUUCCAAGUUAGAAGCUUUCAGCAUAAUCAAGGUAUAAUAAGUUAGUAUAAACUAACAACGGAAGACCAUACUUCUUGCCCAUAUUUGGUUGCCAUGGUAGCUGAAAGCUAUACAUAAAAUGUUACAAGUUUUGAGAAUGUAUAGUUCUAAAGCUUAAAGCUAUGUAGAAACUAGAGAUGUGUUGUAAUAGGGUGUGCACAGUUCUUUACUGGCUGAAAUGUUAGCCUGUAUAAGCUUGAAAAGCAAGCUACUUCUGUAUAAGCUUGAAAAGCAAACUACUCAAGGAUCCUCCUCUCCUUCCUUUUAUUUCGAGAAUGAGAAUUAAAAUUGUCAUAUCAGGGUCAAAGAUAGGUUACAAAGCUGAGCUUGGAGACCAGUCUACAAAUUGGAGCCAUCUUAUUGGUUGAUUUUGAGUAUAAGAUUGUAAUUGACCAAUUACAAGAUAGCAUUAUUAGACUGGUUUCCAAACUCUUAUUUUUUUACCUAUUAAAGAGCUAUGGGUUUGUAACAUAUGAUAUUUGUUAUAUGAUGUUUUUACCACAAACAGAUAUUGAAAAUAGAAAGGCAUGACAGUUUUGUAUGUAAUAAAAGCAUGCAUGUAAUUUGCAGAUUGAUUAUUUCAUCAUAAAGGUUUAUUAAAAGGGGUAAAUGACAGGGGUCCUUUGAAGUCUGAACCUUAAAAAAAACUUUUGGGUAUCUGUGUUUUCUGAUAUGUUUGUCUGGGUCCAUAAUUUGCUUACUUUAAAUAUAGGGUAAAUUUGUGCAUGUAUUUUUGCUUAGUCAUAUGUAUUUUGGAAAUAAUGUUAGUCAUAAAGCAUUCAUACAAUAGAUAUUGAAAUGAACUUUGGCUUAAAUGACUUAUCUAUGGAUAACUAAAAUUUGAGAAUUGUAAAAGGGUGCUUAAACCUGGGCUAGGUUUCAUUUAUUUAAUUACCAAGGAAAACUUCAUUUAUUGACAUUACCAUACCGGUUUUAAUAUUUUUCCAAAAAAUGACGAGCUGGUUUUUCCAUAAAAUGACAAAAGAUGGUUAAAAACAGUUUGAAUUAGAUACAUAUUUAUAUAGAGUACAUGUAUACAUGUUUUAUGUGUAUUCACAGUGGUAGGGAUUUGUUAUACAUUUGUGACAUUUACAAGUAGUUUAGUAAAUUAUAUUUUAAGGUUAUUAGCAGGAUAGAUGGAACUGCUUGAUUUGAUUUAAUGCAGUGUAUGAAGACCUAACAAAAAUUACAAUGCAUUGUCCUGUCUCAGAGCAAUGUUGCUAUGUACUGCAAUAGAUUUAGUUUUUUCUGUAGAACAGAUAUGGUAUUUAACCUUUACCCUGCUAAAUUUCUAUAAUGAGCUUGUCCAUUUUCCAAUCUGUUAAAAGGGGUGCUUACCAAAAAGAUACUGGCUGAGUAGUGACCAGUGCAGAUCUUUAUCAGACUGCAUGGAUGUGCAGGCUGAUCGUGAUCAACACUGGUCACAAAGGCAGAAUCAGUGUUGUCCCUCAUGAUGACGGUUUUAAAAUUCAUUUGAAAAUGUUCAUUAUGUUCUUCCUACAACUUACUUUUUCAUUAAGCUAUACAUUUUAUACUAAUUAAGUUUACAGCUUUAAUCAAGUGCUUAAUAGUAGAUUAAUCGGACAGUCACUUACAUCAAUUUCUUUUCUCUAGAAAAUUAUUAGCUCAUCAGUCCUGUGCACAAGUUGAUCAAGUGAGCAGUGGAUCACCCUGUCUUGUUAUCUGUCAUCAAGCUUUGAUAGCAAUUUCAUUUGUCACAAUUUUGUCCCAGUUCUCAUGAAACUUUUAAGGAAAUCUAGGUCAUAUUGAAUACUAGGUCAUCUGGGGUAAGAACUAGAUUAGGUGAGUAAUACAAAGCUUUUAUGGUUCUCUUGUUUUUACUUACAUUAUGAAAAUUGUUAACAUUGUUUUUGAAGUUAUUUCAUGAUCACACAAAAUUUGAUUUUACUGAUAAGGCAUGGCAGAAAAUAGAUUGUAUUGAUCUUUUAAUCAAUGAGUAUAAAAGCAGAAGGGAAUGACAGAUAUUUGUAGUAUCGAUAUUUUAACUUCUACAAAGUACCGUAAAAUGUGCUUAGAAUGUGCUCUAGACUAACAGGGUACAAAGAUUUUAUUUAUUUAUUUGAAAUAUCUCCAAGUAAACAUUUGUUUAGGUUUAAUGGUGAUUUUGAUUGUACAGUCUUCCCUCUGCUAAUCAUGCAGUCUGAGAGCAGAUAUCUCCAUACAGAUUCAUAUGAGCCAUGCCAUGAGAAAACCAACAUAGUGGGUAUGCGACCAGCAUGGAUCCAGACCAGCCUGCGCAUCCGCGCAGUCUGGUCAGGCUCCAUGCUGUUCGCUUUUAAAGCCUAUUGGAAUUGGAGAAACUGUUAGCGAACAGCAUGGAUCCUGACCAGACUGCGCGGAUGCGCAGGCUGGUCUGGAUCCAUGCUGGUCGCAAUGCCACUAUGUUGGUUUUUCCAUGGCACGGCUCAUAUGUUUCUUCCCCAGUUUCCUUAGCAACCACUUCAGCACAACAAAUAAAUUCCUCAGUCCAGUAGUGUAGCACUUAGAUAAUUUCCCCGAAUAAGUCUUCUGUUCAAAAAUUCUGAUCUUAAUUGUUUGAAGGGGAAAAUUUACAACUUGCACAAAGAUAAGAUUUUUGUUCCUGCACUUUGUGAAAUUCUUUUCUCACGAAAAUAUUUGAUAUUACACUUAAGUCAGUUCAUUUAGUAUGAUUGUUAAAAUUAUAAAUAUUGUGUGAGGAAUAUAUUCCAAAAUGGAAAUUUACAAUGUAAAUUAUUGUAAAAGCAGAAAUUUUCAUGAAGGUUUUAAUUUUCACUAUAUUCCCGAGGCCCUACAUCUCGCGAAAAUUAAUCCUCGCGUAAAUAUUCACAUUAGUAUAAUUGUAAGUCAUGAAGGAUACCAUAUUUACAAUUUCUUGAAUAUUAAACCUCACGAACAUACUCAAAAUUUCAAAUUUUCAAAAUUUUGGCCUAGCGAAAAUAUGUGCUUUUACAGGGGAAAAAAAUAUAUGGUGUAAUUGUUAAGAGCUUUAUAUUAUUGUUUCUGCUUGUGUUUUGUUAGAAGCCUUGCUGUUAGAUAGAAAACAAACUAUUUAUUUAGCUCUAGCUAUGGUUAAUUGGUUUAAUAUACCUUUGUAAACCCAUUCACCUAACUGUAUAUACUUCUUAGGUGUAGAUAAGUUUUUAAAAUAUGCAGCAUAAAAUUUGUUACAGAUAUGAUAUACAUAGAGUCAUCAUUCACAAACAGUUACCAUCCAUGUUCUAAUUAGUGCUCAUUCCCAACUCUUCCUUGGAUGGAUAAUUAUAUUCAUUCCCCACCGAAGGUGGAAGGAUAUAGUUUUGGCAUCGUCCCUCUAUCUAUAUUUCCAUCCAUUUGUCCUGUCCGUCCGUUCAAAACCAUAUAUUUGACAUAAUGUGGAGUAUUUAAAUAAAAUAUGGUAGAAAUGUUAAAUACUGUAGGGAAAUGCCACCCUGCAAUUUUCAAUCAGAUUGCAGGAGUAAGACAGUUAAGAUUUAUGGCCCUUUGUUCAUGUAUAUAAAUUGCAUACAUAGUGUUUUAUUCCAUUUUACAUCCGUCCAGAGUCGUAUCUCAGAUGUGGUUGGAAGGAUUUCAAAAACACAUGGUUGAAAUGAUAACUGCUAUAGGGCAAUAUGGCCAUGCAAGUUUCAUUCAGAUUGGUUGAGGAUGACAAGAUUAUACCUUUGAUAAAUUGUAAUCUUUUUGUUUAAGUUAAUCUCUUUUUAAUUUUAGAUUCAUUCAGUAAAAUAAAAUCAGUCGUUACAUUUUAUGCACCUUGUUCAAAUUUGGCAGGGGGCCAUUUGUCGUACUUUAAAUCAUCCUUUCUGUAACUUGACCUGGCUCUGAUUCUUAUAACACUACUGGUCCAGUGCCUAAAUCCAGACGCUUUUGGUGGUUUUUUGACGAUAACUUUGCAUUCUGAAACCACACGUGCAUAGCAUUUCAAAUGUUUAAUUUUAGGUACCUUAUAAAUCUAUAUGCAAAACAACAAAAUCGUAUAUUGCUGAUUUUAUCAUAAAAAAGGCAUCUGAAGUGGGCCAGUAAAAGCUGUCAAAAUCGACCUUCAGAGUGCUUAAAUAUUCGGACUCUAUUUGGGUAUGAAAUGCAAUGAAUCAGUUCACCCAAAAAUAACUAUGAACUAAGCAAGGCAGUCCUGUAAAUAUAUACACACAUCUCUGUUCGAUUGAAGUUUUAUUACCUAUUAAUCACGUGAUCAUGUGGACUAGUUUCUAAUUUAAUAUAUAACUGCCAAAUAUAAGUUUAAUAUAAUACGCAAUAAAAUCUAUCUGAGCGAAAAUUUAUAUGUUUACAACUAUUCUUACCUACAUGAAGAUUCUGUAGCUGUCGUUAUACUUUUUGACACAACUACAGGGAUCACUAUAAUGAUGUCGCGGCGAUUUUACCUAAUGAAUUGCUUCCCUUGUCUGCAAAAUGCUGGCAUUUUUUUCUCUCUAUUGAAUGAAUUAUUGUAUAACAGAAAUUGGUUAAAUUUCUUGAAUAAAUAUUGAGGGUAGUACAGAAUUCUAAAAUGUGUUUUUACAUCAGUUUUGAUCAACUAAGAAAAAAAGCCGUCUGCAAUAGGCAGAAUAUUUUUCUUAUUAAAUCAGUACCUCAUCGCACCUAAAAUAACUGGCACGCAUUGAAUGAUGUCAUUCCCCACGACACACUGUUUACUUUUAGCGGUGCGGAUGUUUGAAGGUAAUUUUCUCUGAAAAUACUUACAUUCAUACACCAUUGUUGACAACUGGUCAUCAAGGCGUUCCUUUGCAUCGCUCCUGUUCAUUCCAGUAAAAAAUCACGAUCAUAAAGCAUUUUUAACGGUGUCCGAAUUAUUAAGCAACGUCCGGAUUUAGGUACUGGACCAGUAGUGUGAUAAUUAGAACAUUUGUGGUAAUUGUGUCACCUUAGAUAGAUCUCUCUGUGAUAAAACGUAGAAUAUAUUGAUAUUCAUAAGUAAACUUUUUAUCUGCUGUAUACUACAUUACUGAAGGCACCAGUAUAUAACAUGUCUGUAAAUAGUUGUAUAAACAUAAAUAUAAAAAAAAAACAGAUAAAAAGAAGGAAAAUGGAAUAAAAGGUGAAAAAAAACAAUGUAAAAGAAAAAAAAAAAAAAAAACACCCAAAAAAAGAAUCACAAUGUCUACUGGACUAGUAUUGUAUCAGCAUAUAAAGUGAUGCCAGUGUAAUGUACAAAAAAAAAAAAAAAUUAGAAAUAGAAAAAAAAGAGAAAAAAAACAGUGGUCCAGUGCAUUUUACGCAAUGUGUAUUUAUAAAAGCACUGUGUACUAGUGUAUAAAAUGUACCAAAGCUGCUUUCUAUGUUAGUCAUGCAAUAGAAAGUUGCUAUGUUUUAAAAAUAGCGUAAGUUUGACCAAAGAAGUAUAAAAAACACAGAAUGGCAACAGGAGAUAAUCUCGCGUAAGCUCGUGUCACCGCUUUAUCUUAUUGAAGCAUUUGCUGAAUUGAUCACUCAUGAUCAAAUCAACAGAUGCUAAUAUUAAAGUAUUACACUGGCGAUACCGCCGACAUAAUAAACCAAAUCGGGUCCAAUUUUCAAAUGGCAACUGUUGAUUUCUGAGACUUCCAAACAUAAAUUCAUUCCUUCCCUGUGUAGAAAAUACUAAUAAUAUUUUUUAAAAAACACAAUUAUCAUUAUAAACAAACGAUCUGAUAGAAAGUUUUUCACGACACAAAUUUUAUCUUUCCGCAGUCUGUUUCAUACACUGGUAACAAGAUCUCAUUCAGUUCCCACGUGAUGUUGGUGAGAUUUGCUCUAUAUGCCUUUCAAGUUGCAGAUCUAUUUAUUUUUAUAGCUCUUUGGUUUGACUGUACUUAACAGAAUACUUAGAACUAUAUAAUAGCUGUAUGAUAAUUGAUUAAUAAUUUUUGAUAUCGCAAACAUGUGCUGGGAAAUCAUGUUAUUUCGCUGGCAUCAUAUUUCUUGGUUUCAGAUAAAGUGGCUGUUUUGUGAGAACAAAUUUGUAGAUUUCAAAUUUUGAAGACAAACUGAAUGCAAGUGUUAUUCUUUGUUUUCUGGGAUUUAAUUUUGUUGAUUGAUGCAACUAAAACAUGCAUAGAAAUGAGUGACCAGUGUGUUACAGUGAUUUCACAGAUGUUUCGAUAUGUUUCAGAGUUUCUUUAGUGUGACAUACAUCUGUAUAUAGUGCUGAAGCAUUGCAAGAAUUUGUCGGAUUUAAUUGCGCCAGUGUGCCCUUCAUUAAGACAGCUUAUUAUAUGAUGCUGUAUGAAUGAAUAUCCAGAAAUGCAUCAAAGUUCAUAUCAAGGUUUUAAAACUUGAGUUUGAAGACCAGUCUCAAAAUGCAGCUCUGCCAUUGGUCAAUUUCAAAACCAAUCUUGGAAUAGACCAGUCAGAUCCUUAAGCUUGAAGACUGGUCUUCAAACUCAGCUUUAUAACCUUGGAGUUGUAUGAUAUAUCUACACAAGUGUGCCCUAUAGUGACACUGCUUAUUGUGGGUGAUGCACGUUUCAACCAUGUUAUAAAAGAGAAUAACAAUACUUUUUGCAGGAGUUUAGAUUUAUAUAAAUGAGCCUCGCCAUGAGAAAACCAACAUAGUGGCUUUGCGACCAGCAUGGAUCCAGACCAGCCUGGGCAUCCGCGCAGUCUGGUCAUGAUCCAUGCUGUUCGCUUACAGUUUCUCUAAUCCCAGUAGGCUUUGAAAGCGAACAGCAUGGAUGUGAUGGCUGGUCUGGAUCCAUGCUGGUCGCAAAGCCCCUAUGUUGGUUUUCUCAUGGCACAGCUCAAAUACAAAAUCCUCAUUACAGUUGCUUUUCAGGGAUGACAACUUGACUUUCUUCUUAUGUGCUAGAAAAUGCACAAAAAAAUAAGUAAGAAGUAUCUCCAUCAUUGUUCUUUUUCAAAAGACACAUUUAAAUGCUAUUUUCAUAACAUCAUUUUGUUGUUGUUUUUACCUCUCAGUCUUGUUCAACUAUUACUCAAAAUGGUAUUAAGUUAUCUGAAAGAUCAAUUAAUAAGUAUUACAAUAAGAAACUGUCUGUGAGAAAAAAGUAUUUAUGACAUUUUUUUUCUUUGAAUCUUUGAAUCUGUAGACUUAGUAACCUAUUCUAUAAUUUUUAUAUAAGCAUUUAAUUGAUAUUUUUUUGUAUUAUGUAAACUCACUCAAUUAUGAGGAUAUCAUCCUGAGACCAAAAACCUCUGUACAUCAAACACAAAUAUUGCCCCCUUGGUGUUCACUCUGGAGAGGUUUCACUGUAAUGGUUUUCAACUGCAUAACUACACUGAUGCAAAACUCACAAUAUUUCAUUGUAGUGUUUAUAGGUGUGACUGUUUCCAUUUUUACCUGUCUCAUUGUAUCUCUGAAAUGGUGUCAGAAAUUAUUAUUACAAUUGCUGAUAGAUUUUGUAUUGUAUUUUCUUUUAUUUAGCAUAGCAUAUAAUGUGGAUUUUUUUUUAUUCUGGUCAGUUUUUUAUUUCCCCCUUCUAGCUAAAUGGCUUUUUAUAAUCAUUUUCAGUAUUAUCUGUUCAUUAUUGUUUCUUUAUUAGCAGGUAAACAUUUGAGUGUCAAGGUUUUGUUUUGCUUGUAGGAUAUAGUUGUAGAAAUUUAGUUGUAGAAAUUUAUUAAUAGCUGAUUGUUUAGUAUUCUGUGAUAAUAUGAAAUUCAUGUGCAAUGUUUGUUUAAGGCAAAGUGUAAGUACCAAAAUAUUUUCGGAAACUUUUGGGAUCUCUGAUUCCUGAAAGAAAUGUGCUCAUAGAUUUAUGUUGCUUUAAAUGUGACAUGUUAAGUGCUUUUAACUUUUAAACUAAAAUUAAUGUGUAACUAUUGUUUAAUUAGUAUUUUUUCACUAAGCAUUAUCGUUAACAAAUUAGAAUAUAUUUCAGGCAUAAAUUCAAGAACAUUUUACCACUUCAUAUUCAAGAAGAGAUUUCAUUUAGCUUAAAGCAGUCUUUAAAGUUAAUUGAUUUUUUGUAUAAGAAUAUCUUUGUUAUUAUUUAUGGGUAUAAACAUUUUUUUUAAAAAGAGCAAAUAAAAAACACUGUUGAACUUCACUUUUUCUUCCACGAGAGGAGUUACAUGGAUGUUGUUCAAAUGCAUGUACUUUUUUCGAUCAGUAGUCCAACUCUCGUAUUAUCUUCACCUGUUAUAUAAUGUUUCAACAAUCUGUACCUAAAGAUAAGUAAUGAUACCUUAAAAGACCGAUGUAUGAUUGAAUUUAUCUGAAACGUUAAUACGCUUUAUGUAAGAUAUUAUUGUAGCUGAAGAUACUAGUAUAUCUUUACUUAUGUUUUCAAUGUUGUUUUAGUUCUUCUAGUAUGUAUAUACUGUGGAAUCAUAAAUUUUUGCAGGGGACUAAUUUUCGUGGAUUUUAUGACUGGGUAAAUCAGCAAAAUUUGAGUGGCACCAUGAGAAACCAACAUAGUGCAUUUGCGACCAGCAUGGAUCCAGACAAGCCUGCGCAUAUGCGCAGUCUGGUCAGUACCCAUGCUGUUUGCUAACAGUUUCUCUAAUUGCAAUAGGCUUUGAAAGCGAACAGCAUGGAUCCUGACCAGACUGCGCGGAUGCGCAGGCUGGUCUGGAUCCAUGCUGGUCACAAAUGCACUAUGUUUGUUUUCUCAUAGUGCGACUCAUUUAAUCCCAGUGAAGCAGUAAAAUUCCUAUUCAUUGUAUGUUCAAAGGUCAAAAUCCACAAUUUUAUCCACAUGAUAAUACAAAUUGUGGCCCAAACCUUUGAAAUUUUGUGCCCACAAAAUAAAAUGAUUUUACAGUAGUACAUUUAUACCACUGAAAGUGCUGUAAGAACUAACACACUUAAGUGUGUUCAGUUGAUUUUACACUGUUUACUUUUUGUUGAUAUUAUUCCUUGUUUUUAACCUUGAGAAAUUGAUAUUCACUUUUGCCUUUCAAUUUAACUUCCAGUAUCUUGUACUAUUUAAGCAAAACUGGGUCAGAUGGCUAAGAAACAUGUAAUAUUUUGGCAACUUUGCUUUGGUCGUAUAACUUCUUUGGGUUAUUUAACCUUUAACCUGGUGGAGGCAAGUGAUUCUGCCUUUGCAACCAGUGCAGACCAAAUGUGCAGGCUGAUCUUGGUCCGUACUGUUCGCUAUUCAGUCAGUAAAUUUUCAGUGAACAUCCGUUCGAAUAAUAAAUGGUACUGCCCAAACUGAAUGAUAGACCAGUCCAUUUCUGAAAUUUAGGGUAAAGGUUAAAUGAUAACAGAUAAAGCUGAAUGCAAGAAAUUCUGUUGUUUUUUUUUCGUGUGAACAGCUUGGUUUAAGUUUGUAUUCUUGUUUUUCGUAUUUCAUAGAAUGUGUUCAGAAAUGUUUUAUGUUUAUAUACACAAUGCUGAAUAAAAAUAUGUUCCUAAGUAAAAAUAA